AGUUUUAAACUAUUUUCACAACUACAAUUAAAUACAUUUAUUGAGGAAGUUACCAGUGUUUUUAGCAAUGCCAUCAAAAGGAGCUAAGAAAGCCCAGAAACUGAAUGCUAAAAAAGGAGGAAAGGCAGCCCAGAAACCCAGUACAAAUGGCGGAGGACCCGCCCUAGAUGUAGACACAAUGCUGAGGAUGGAGGCUGUCCAAGAUGACCAGGUUAAACAACUCUUGGCCGCUUGUUCCUCCACUGGCGUACUUUCCUCACAUAAAGAAAGCAGAGACAUCCAGCUAACGAACGUGUCGAUUACCCAUCACGGAGACAACAUUCUCGAUGAUACCGUUAUCGAGCUGAAUUACGGCCGAAGAUACGGGCUUAUUGGACACAAUGGAUGCGGAAAGUCGACCAUGCUGGCCUUAUUAGGAGAGAGAGAGUUCCCGAUCCCUGAGCACGUGGAUAUUUUCUUCCUCCGCAAAGAGAUUGACGCUUGCGACAAAACAGCGCUUGAGGCUGUAAUGGACGUCGAUGCUGAGCGAAUAUUUUUGGAGAACAAGGCGGAGGAAUUAUCUGGUCUAGGCGAUGCUUUUAUAGACGUGUUGACUGACAUCUAUGACAGAUUAGAUGGCAUGGAUUCUGCCAAAAGUAAAACAAGGUGUUGUGAAUUGUUGUUUGGUUUGGGUUUCAACAAGACGAUGAUGCAGAGGAAAUGUAAAGAUUUCAGUGGAGGGUGGAGGAUGAGGAUAGCCCUUGCUCGUGCUUUAUUUAUUUCACCAAAGCUGUUGUUGUUGGACGAACCUACAAACCAUCUCGAUCUUGAAGCUUGUGUCUGGCUGGAAGAAGAACUCCAGGAGUACUCUAAGUGUCUGGUGAUAGUUUCACACUCCCAAGAUUUCCUGAACAGUGUCUGCACCAACAUUAUCCACUGGCAGAACAGCAAGCUGGUGUACUAUGGUGGUAACUACGACACUUACAUGAAAACCAGGGCAGACUUGGAGGAGAAUCAGAUGAAACGAUACCAAUGGGAACAAGAUCAGAUCAAACACAUGAAAGAGUACAUCGCUCGUUUCGGUCACGGCAGCGCCAAGCUGGCCCGACAAGCACAGUCCAAAGAAAAGACCCUCGCCAAGAUGGUACAAGCUGGUUUAGUCGAAAAAGUUCAAACCGAUUGUAAUUUAGAAUUUUACUUCCCAGAUUGCGGUAACAUUCCGCCGCCGGUCAUCAUGGUGCAGGAUGUGAGUUUUAGGUACGGUGACGAGGGUGCGAUGAUAUACGAGAACCUUGAAUUUGGUAUUGAUCUUGACUCCAGAAUAGCACUGGUUGGACCCAACGGAGCAGGCAAAAGUACGCUUCUCAAAUUGAUAGACGGCUCCUUAGAGCCCACCAGUGGUUUUGUCCGGAAGAACAGCCAUCUCAGAAUGGGUCGUUUCCAUCAGCAUCUCGAGGAUAUUCUGGACGUUACGAUGAGCGGUAUCGACUGGAUGCAAAAGUGCUUCCCUGACAUCAAAGACAUCGAAACGAUGAGAAAGAUCCUGGGCCGAUACGGACUCUCCGGCAAAUGUCAGACCAAGCCAAUCGGUCACUUGUCCGACGGACAAAAAUGCCGGAUCAUCUUCGCGUGGAUGGCACAGCAAGUCCCACACAUGCUGUUACUUGACGAACCUACUAACCAUCUCGACAUCGAGACAAUCGACUCCCUUGCUGCAGCAAUCAGGAACUACGAAGGAGGACUGAUUCUUGUUUCUCACGACUUCAGACUGAUAAACCAGGUAGCUGAGGAGAUCUGGGUCUGCGAGAAUAAGACCGUGACCAAGUGGAACGAGGACAUCGUGGCCUACAAGAACCACCUGAAGAAGAACGUGAUGAAAGCUUACAAGAAUGAAAAGAAACGCCUGGCUGAGCUUACCACGUAGCUUUUGCUUCGAAGGAGAUUGCGUCAUUGUGCGUGAGUGUGUGAUUGGAUACCAUCUAACUCUAAAAACUCAUUCUGAACACCUUUGUAUGUUGUAUUUGUUGGAUAUUUGUAUAGAGUUACAAAUUUUAACCCAUUCUA